AUGAAUUUAGGACCUCGCAGAAAUAUAAAGGAAAUGCUCCCAAUUCACUAAAACUUUAUUGAAUCUCAUAAUUACUAAUAAUUAUUCAAAAGUCCUGUGAGCACUAGACAAAGAUAAUAAAGACCAUCCAAAUUACCCUCAUUCAAAAUGUCUAUUGGAUAGUAGGCUCCAGUUCCUGUGUCACCACCUGUUUCUCCUUAAUGGAGGACUCGUAAUAUGAGUCGUGUAGAAUAAAGAAUGUUAAGUGUAAGUCCUCCUUAAGUACCUUCAGUACCUUAAAGUCCAAAAUAUUAGAUUUAGAUGUAGAUCUUCAAUGAACAAAUAUUAGUGAGUUAAUGUAACUUAAUUAGUAAAAAGCCUUGAAGAGAAAAAUCAAUGAAAGUGGAGCUAAAAAAUAACCGGUUCAAACACCUGAGAAGUUAUUAAAUCAACAAUCUUUAAUUCGAGAAGAUCUAAACAAAGGUAGUUUUAAAUUCCUGUUUGUGCUUGGAAAAGGUGGUUUUGGAAAAGUGUGGAGAGUGGAACUUUGUAAAACUCGAAAGCAAUAUGCAAUGAAAGAGAUGAGUAAAGCCAGGUAUUUUAAUACGUUAAAUGAGAAUCUUAUCAAAAAAGUCUGUCCAUUCAGUUAUAAAUGAAAGGAUUCUUCUAAGUAAACUAAGACAUUCUUUCAUUGCCAACAUUCACUUUGCAUUUUAAGAUAGAGAUCAUCUAUAUUUAGUGAUGGAUUUAUUAACAGGAGGCGAUUUAAGAUAUCAUAUUGGAGUGAAUCGUCGUUUCACUGAAUGGCAAACCAGUAAAGAGUUCAAUCUAAUAUAGAAUUCAUUAUUGCUUGUUUAUUACUGUGUUUAGAGUACUUGCAGAAUAAUAAUAUCAUACAUAGAGAUAUUAAACCUGAGAAUGUAGUAUUUGAUAAAAAGGGUUAUCCAAGAUUAACUGAUUUCGGGAUUGCAAGAGUAUUAAAGCCUGAAAAUAGUUAAGAAACAAGUGGAACUCCAGGAUAUAUGGGUUAGUAAUUAUAUUAAGUCAGAUAGCCCCAGAAGUAAUGUGUAGACAGAAUCAUGGAAUAGGAGUUGAUCAUUUCGCUUUGGGAGUUAUGAUACAUGAAUUCAUGCUAGGAAGAAGACCUUAUGUAGGUAGAUCACGUAAGGAAAUCAAAGAGAUGAUGUUAACUAAGUAAGUUACUAUCAAAAAAUAAGAUGGUUGGAGUAGUGAAAGUGCAGAUAUUUGUAAUCAAGUAAAUUAAAUAGUUAUUAGUAGUUAUUGUAAAGAAAACAAUAAAAUAGAUUAGGAUUUGAAGGGGUUCAAUAAAUUAUGAAGCAUCCUUGGUUUUUAAAUAUUAAUUGGUAAAGUCUGAUUGAUAAGACUAUGCCUUCUCCUUUCAAUGAAUUAGCUUAAUCUGAAGAUCAAGAUUUUAAGAGAUAGAUUUCAUCAGAUCAUGACUCAUAGGAUGCUCUGAUAUAAGAAAAUGCUAAUGCUUUGAGAAGGGAUUCUAUUUAAGACAUGUUCAAAGAUUAUGAAUACAAUGAUCAUGGAAUGACUGGUAGUACUAAUUCAACUUAAAUUAUAUGA